CCAUCAGUCAACCCAAAUCAGAAGCUGAAAUUUGUGGCAAACCCCGAGAGAUUCAUCCUCUUGAUUCUGAAAUAUAUCUCAAGUCCAAUUCGUAUUCGCUUCUCCUUCCUCGAAUUGACGCGCAAGUUGUCAACUAGGCAGAGUAGCUGCUCCCACUUGCUCUGGUAGGAGCCUUCGCUUCCUCGCCGCCUGUCGGCAAGUGCAGACUCUGGUCUUUUCCCUUCUCUUCGUAAUUUGUUGUACCCUCGGUUCAGUUGCUUUUCAGCAGAGGGGGUUUCUUGAUUCAUUUGCUUAACUGUUAACUUUGAACUAGGAAGUCGAGUAUCUCAAGGCGCCAGGCAGAGAGCUUCAGAGAUGCUUGAGAAGGUGAAGGGAUUCAAUGGCGACCGCGUGAUUGAGGAGUUUGAGGCAUUAACAAAGGAUGCUGAAAGGGUUCAAAGAGAAACCCUUCAGAGGAUUCUCGAAGAGAACGGUAAAGCGGAAUACUUACAGAAUUUGGGGCUUGGAGGAAAAACUGAUCCUGAUUGCUUCAAGGCAUGUGUUCCUUUGGUGACUCACAAGGAUCUGGAGCCUUACAUACAGAGAAUUGCAGAUGAAGAAGAUGCCUCGCCAAUCCUCACUGGGAGACCAAUAAAAUCCAUUUCUUUGAGCUCUGGUACAACGCAAGGGAAACCAAAAUUUGUUCCAUUCAAUGAUGAAUUAGAGCAGUCUACAAUGCAGAUAUAUAGGACUUCUUUUGCUUUUAGGAAUAGAGCACAUCCUAUUGGGAAUGGAAAAUCUUUACAAUUUAUUUACAGCAGCAAGCAGUUCAAAACAAAAGGUGGCCUGUUAGCUACGACGGCCACCACAAAUGUAUACCUUAGCCAGCAAUUUAAGAACACCAUGAAAGACAUUCAAUCACAGUGCUGCAGUCCCGAUGAAGUUAUCUUCAGCCUUGACUACAAUCAGUCAUUGUACUGCCACCUUUUAUGUGGUUUGAUAUACUCUGAUGAAGUUCAAUUUGUGUUCUCCACAUUCGCCCACAGUAUUGUUCAUGCAUUUCGAACUUUUGAACAAGUAUGGGAAGAGCUUUGCUGUGAUAUAAGAGAGGGAGUUCUAUCAAGUAGAAUCACAAUUCCUUCAAUUCGCAGUGCAUUUUCUAAGUUUCUACGCCCAAAUCCUCAAUUGGCAAAUACCAUUUACAAUAAAUGUUCGAACUUGAGUAACUGGUAUGGUCUAAUACCGGAGCUUUGGCCAAAUGCCAAAUAUGUAUAUGGAAUCAUGACAGGAUCAAUGGAGCCUUAUUUGAAUAAACUAAGGCACUAUGCUGCGAGCUUGCCACUGAUGAGUGCUGAUUAUGGGUCUUCAGAAGGGUGGAUUGGUGCUAAUAUUGAUCCAGGAGAACCCCCAGAGUCAGCUACCUUUACUGUUCUUCCUAACAUUGGAUAUUUUGAAUUUAUACCUCUUAAGGAAAGAGCUCAUGAGCAGGAAGUAGAUAAUUAUGGUUCAAUGGUUGUUCGUAAAGAGCCCGAGCCGAUCGGAUUGACUAAAGUUAAUGUUGGUGAAGAGUAUGAAAUAAUUAUGACUACUUUUGCAGGUUUGUACCGGUACAGACUGGGUGAUGUUGUUAAAACAGCUGGCUUUCACAACUCAGCACCAAAACUCCAGUUUGUUCAUAGAAGAAACCUCAUUCUAACCGUCAACAUUGAUAAGAACACUGAGAAAGACCUUCAGUUGGCUGUCGAAGAAGCGAGCAAGCUCUUGGCUGCUGAGAAGGUUGAGGUCCUGGACUUCACCAGCCAUGUUGAUAUGUCAACCAAUCCCGGCCACUAUGUAAUCUUCUGGGAGCUCAGCGGUGAUGUUAAGGAUGAAGUUCUCAAUAACUGCUGCAAUUGCUUGGACCGUGCCUUCGUCGAUGCGGGCUAUGUCGGUUCAAGGAAAAUCCGAGCAAUCGGCCCUCUCGAGCUCCGCAUUGUGAAUCGGGGUACCUUCCAUAAGAUUCUUGAACAUCACCUAGCUCUCGGUGCAGCGAUGAACCAAUUCAAAACACCCAGAUAUGUUGGUCUGUCAAACCACAGCGUGCUUCAGAUUCUUAAUGACAGUGUGCAUAAAAGCAUCUGCAGCAAUGCGUAUGAUUGAAGGAGAAAGUAGAACAGGCCAACUUUUUAAGCUAUUUUAUGAUGAUGUUAUAAGCCUGCUUAGCUUUGCCAUUUUUUUUUUUUCACUUUCUAGUCUUAUGACAGAUUUGUAAUGUUAUGUAAUUUUCCCCACGCAUAUGAUUUAUCAAUGGGACGCAAGCAGAACGUAUGGAAUCAAGCACAGUGAUUGUUAAUAUGCUUGAUAGACGAAUAAUUUACAUCCAUACCACCCAUUUCUUAUGUAUUUACAUAUCUAACGCCUGAACUUAGGUUUUUACA